ACUCAAUGGAUAAUAUUAUUUUGAUCAUCCCUCUCCGUGACCUUGCAAGCGCUAUCAACCCAUUGCAAGCGCUAUCAACCCAUCCACUCACGCUGUCAACCGCCAUCGUCGAACUCUCUCUUACUCAGAAUUCUACCAUAAGCACGAGCUAUAUGUUAGUAGUAUAAUAACUGUACAUGUUUCCACCACCUCCAGGAGGUCAUGACGCUAGCGCGCUGCGUAUUACCCAGUCCCCACUGCCCAGUUCGCUCACACUCUGAUCGCACAACUUUGAACAGCUAAAUCAAAACCGGACGAGCCUCAUUAUAUAAUCCUACACACCAAGCCCAGCAACGUGCCUGCUCCCUCUCGGCACACCAAACCAAACCCAGUAGCGCUGCUCCCAGCAGCAGCAGGCACGAACAACCGCCCUUGCCACCUCACCUCCAGAACCAGUGAGUCACUGUACGUUACCGGAGCAAGCAAAGAAUGGCGUCGUCGCUCAAGUUCACGGUGCGGAGGGGGCCGGCGGUGCUGGUAGCUCCGGCGUCCGCGACGCCACGGGAGCUUAAGCGACUCUCGGACAUCGACGACCAGGACGGGCUGCGGCUCCACGUCCCCAUCAUCCAGUUCUACCGCCAGAACGCGCUCAUGGGAGGGCGGGAACCUGCGCCGGUGAUCCGGGACGCCAUAGCCAGGGCGCUCGUGCCCUACUACCCUUUCGCCGGGCGGCUCAGGGAGCUAGAAGGUCGCAAGCUCGCCGUGGAUUGUACCGGCGAGGGUGUGCUGUUCAUCGAGGCUGAGGCUGACGUCCGGCUCGAUCACUUCGGGGACGAGCUGCAACCGCCGUUCCCAUGCCUCGAGGAGCUCAUCUUUGACGUCCCCGGCUCGUCCGAGGUCCUGGGCUCGCCGCUCCUCCUCUUCCAGGUGACGCGCCUGGCGUGCGGGGGCUUCAUCCUGGGGGUGCGGCUGCACCACACGAUGGCCGACGCGCAAGGACUCGUGCAGUUCCUGGGCGCCGUGGCGGAGCUGGCGCGGGGCGCGGCGGGGCCGACAGUCCGGCCGGUGUGGGGGAGGGAGCUGCUGGAGGCGCGCGACCCGCCGCGGCCGGCCUUUGCGCACCGCGAGUACGACGAGGUGCCGGACACCAAGGGCAGCAUCAUCCCGCUCGACGACAUGGUGCACCGCUCCUUCUUCUUCGGGCGCCACGAGGUGGCGGCCAUCCGCGCCAACCUCCCGCCGGACCUCCGGUCCCGCGCCUCUAAGUUCGACCUCCUCACGGGGCUCCUAUGGAAGUGCCGCACCGCAGCGCUCGCCCUGGACGCCGACGAGGUGAUGCGGAUGAUCUGCGUCGUGACCGCCCACGGCGGCAAAUCCGGCGUCGCCAUCCCCAAGGGCUACUAUGGCAACGCCUUUGCGUUGCCAGCCGCCGUCGCGACGGCAGGUGAUCUCGUCGCCAAGCCGCUCGGGUACGCCGUAGAGCUGGUGAAGCGGGCCAAGGGCGAGGUGAACGUGGAGUACAUGCGGUCGGUGGCCGACCUGAUGGUGCUGCGCGGGCGGCCGCACUUCACGGUGGUGCGCGCGUACCUGGCAUCGGACCUAACCAAGGCUGGGUUCAGCAACCUGGACUUCGGCUGGGGCAAUCCGGUGUACGGAGGACCCGCCAAUGUCGGCGUGGGCACCAGCCCCGGGAUGGCCACCUUCCUCGUCCCGUGCAAGAACGCCAAGGGCGAGGACGGCAUCAUCGUGCCCAUGUGCCUGCCCGGCCCCGCCAUGGAGACGUUCGUGAAGGAGAUGGGCACGCUCGUGAGCCUGCCCGCGGAGCAGAAGCAGGACCCGAUGCUCCCCGUCAACAGGUCCGCGCUCUGAGCUGAGAUGAGCUGACAUCACCUGAGUGUGGUGAUCUAUGUUGGAAAAUAAACACGUCAUGUGUGUGAUGUACGUGAGUUCGUAGCGCGUAGAGUGUUUUAGUCCAGCUCGUGUAUGUACAUGUGUGUCAUGCGGAUCAUGGCAAGAAGGCAAGACGUGGAGGCGUGCUCCUGGCAGUCUGUGGCCUAUAUGUAGCCCCUAUG